CAAGUUGAAAAUCUUUAAAAUGUAACUAGUUUUGUCUUGACUCGUUAAAUUCAAUUUAUUUCUGUUUAAAAUAUUCCUACAAUAUGUGUAUAAACGAAGUUUUGAACUAUUUUUUUUUUAAAUCAAUCAGUAAAAAUCUAUAAUUGUUUUGGGAAUUUAAAAUAUUAAGACAUAUAGUUACGGAAAUCUAUGUUAUUUUUGUAUAUAGAUAUUCUAAUUUCUAAAGUAUAAGACAUAGUCAUUAUGGACUUAAAUUUAAAUUUAAUAUUUGGUGGUGUAAGUUGUGAGAGAGGUUAGGUUGUAUGCGAAUGAAAAACAUUUUGUAUUUAUUGUCGUUUUGUUAAGAUAUAGCAUAUUCCAUUGUAAGUGUUAUUAUAAGGAGUGUCACGUCGCCGCGGCCGCUGGACGUCGUGCCCACACUUCCAAAAUGUAAUACUAAAGAGUAAAAUAAUGUAGAAAUAAAUGUAAAUAUUGUGCUCAUGUUUUGUUUAUUUCGUGCCCACUCGCGUUCAAUAAACCUAUUAUGCAAUAUUCUUAUGGCAAUUGUGGGUAAAAAUUAAAAGCAAUAUUAUUAAACUCUUUAAUAGACCAGAGGAUCUAUUAUGAUUUACGUGACGGUUGCAAAAAUCUAUUCGUAACGGUUUCGACGUUUGUAAGAUUCGUUAGUGUAUUUUACGAUCAGUAGGGGCGCUGCACAAAUCUAAAUGUUCUCACGAAUAUUCAUGAUAAGCCCUUUGAUAAGGUUCGGGCGAAUCUCGAAUGUUUAGAUGCGUCAUUUUAAUUGGGGCGUCUUAACCAUAUAGAAAUAUCUGAUUAUUAUAGUUUUAUAAUUCAACAAUAUCAGUAUUCACAGGCGGUUUCCUAGCCGAGGGCAUCAGCCGGAACCUCGGCAACCAGACAGCCAAAAUAAAUGUAGUUAUCCAAGGCCGGAUGCGCGCGGCAGUUCGAUUGCCGCGGUCGAACGUGCCGCGCGCCUAUUGGCUAUUUGCCGAAUACUGAUCGCUUUAGUCGGCCGUUGGCGCGCUCUACAGAAGGUUGGUUCGCGCGGCAAUUAGAAUGGACAACGAUAAAUGCCGCAAACUCAUACAAUUAUAUGGGGCUAAUGAGUUGAUGUGGAACAGCAAAUUACCUCAAUACCACAAUAAGAUAUUGAGGCUUGAGACUUGGAUGGAAAUAAGUAAAAAAUUGAACGUUCCUAUACCCGAAUUAAAAAAGAAAAUGACCAUACUUUUGGCUUCAUAUAGAAGGGAAAAGUGUAGAAUAAUGAAAAGUCUUUCGUCUGGUAAAGGUGAGGUUUAUGUUUCCAAGUGGUAUGGUUUUGAAGACUUUAAAUUUAUGAAGGACAAAGAAAUACCACAUGAAACGUUAGACCCGGUUUAUAAUACAAAUAAUGACGCGGAAUCUUUAGCUUCGGAAGAAAAUAAAACAGAACCUCAAAAUCCUGAAAGAAAAAAGAAUAACGAAGUUGUUUUUCCUAUACUUAGAGAACAUCUGACACGGGGGAAAAGAAAAAGAUUAAAUACAGAUGAUUCCUCUGAGCAAAAAAAAUCAUUUCACAAUGUACCUGAAACCACAACAUCGACUGAUUUAUAUUUCUCUUACGGGCAAUACAUUGCUAACGAACUCCGAAAAUAUGAUCAACACACUUUAAGUUAUGUGAAACAAGCCAUAAAUAAUGUGAUAUUUGAAGCUGAUAUAGGGAAAUAUUCAAAAUAUGCAGUUGACCAAAAUGAAGAAAUAUAUUAUAGUACGACGCCGUCCGCGUCCCCUCAGCCUACAUCCUUUCCACAGGCUCCAGACCCAAUUUGCACACCUAAACUUGAAUCGAAGCCAUCCCCUAUAUAUAACGAAGACUUUUAAACAAUAAAUAUUACUAUUCAGUAAAAAUUA